CUAUUCUGCUUGUUUGUCAGGCUGGCCUUGUGGCUAUUGCAAGCGUUGGCGGGAGGCGCGGAAGUGGGGUCGACUCUGUGGCCAACCCCCCCACGUGCUGAUAACGAUAACACCACCCUCUCCUUCCAGUCCCAAAUCCACCUAGCUCGCUCGUGACAGCAUGAUGGAGCUCUGAUUCCUCCUCUUUCGUUUUACCUGAUCGUUCUUGUAGAUGCCGUAACCUAUUCAUACAGCUUCACGAUGGGAGACUACGAAGUAUCCAAGAUUAACCAUGACAAUCAUCUCCUUCUCGACCAACCACUCCUCCGAUUGCCAUACGAACUUCUGCGAAAAAACUUCCGGUCUGCGCAUUGGACCUUCGAGAAGGAUUCGACAACAGUGAAGGGCCUGUUAAAGGAUGCCGCGACCGGCUCGUUAAACGGCAAGAACUCGCCCGAAGAUGUCCUCAAGAGCCUCGAUACGAUGCUGGCAAAGAUGAGGGGCCUGAAACAGAAGCUCGGUGGAUAUGCCGACGAGGAGGCGCGGCUGUAUAAGCAGAUCAAUGCUCGGUUUGCACACCUCCAGGAGAUAUCGGACAUGCACACUAUUGAGGAUGUCAAGUAUGAGGCUUGGUCACAGCAGCGGCUUGACAGGCUUCUGGUCGACUACCUCCUCCGGCACGGUUAUUGCGCCUCUGCCUCUGCUCUCGCCGACGAACGCCAGAUCGGGGACUUGGUGGAUAUAGAGACCUUCGUGGCCAUGAACAAGAUCCGCAAAUCGCUCAAGGAGGGCAGUGUCACUGAGGCAUUGGCCUGGUGCAACGACAAUAAGAAAGAGCUGCGCAAGAUGGACUCCUGUCUCGAGUUCCUGCUUCGCUUCCAGCAGUACAUUGAGCUUGUGCGAACCCAGUCGAUGCCCAAGCUCCUCGAGGCCAUCGCGCACGCAAAGAAGUAUCUGAUCCCCUACCGCGACAGGUACCCAGUCCUCGUCAACCAGGCAGCCGGGCUCCUCGCCUUCCGCCCGCACCCCGACCACGCCAGCCCCGGCCAACCGUCCGCGACGGUGUCCUCGAUGGCCCCCUGGCCCUACUCGGAGCUCUACAGCCCGGCACGCUGGACGAUGCUAUCGGACCUCUUCGCCAGGGACCAUAACAGGCUUCUCGCCCUCCCUUCCUACCCGCUCCUUCAUGUCGCGCUCUCGUCGGGGCUCUCCGCCCUCAAGACGCCCGCCUGCCACGGCUGGCUCGCCACCAGCUCGUCGCAGCCGUCGCACAGCAUGAGCCUGACCGCCAGCGUUUGCCCCAUCUGCUCGACCGAGCUGAACGAGCUGGCCCGCCACGUCCCCUACGCCCACCACAGCAAGAGCCACGUCGAGCACGACCUGAUGCUGCUGCCCAACGGGAGGGUCUACGGCAAGGCCCGCCUGGAGGAGUACGCCGUCAAGACGAACCUGCCGCAGGGGCUAGUCAAGGAUCUGGUCACGGGGGAUAUCUAUCCGCGGGAUAAGAUGAAGAAGGUGUUCAUCACCUGAUAUAAGGGGGAAAGGAUGGUGGGGUUGUGGGAAGAUUGGGAUAGAAUCCAACGACACAUCAGGCGGAACGGAGAUUG